AUGGAUGCAGCUGAGGCGCGGUGGGCCUGGCACAGAUAUGGCCCAAGCCGGCAAGGGCCACGGUCAACGGGGCGACCGACUGUUCUUGCGGUCGUCCAGGCGAUCAAAGCAGAGGGCGGGUCGUCCUUGUUCAUUCCUGAGAAAGAGAGACGCCGAUUGAGAGAGAGGAAACCAGAGGAUGGAGAGAAGGGGUCGGCGAGCUACGUGGUCCGGCGACGCGGGAAGCAGUGGGUCGGCGGGGAGGCGAGCGGAUCCCGACGGUGGCGCGCCGAACGGAGGCUAAUGGAGGUGGUUCCAGCGAUGCCUUGUGGCUGGCGUGGCCACGGCAGCAGGGGCUUGGCGGCAGCGAACGAGCGCGAGGUAGAGGAGGCAGGCAUGGUGUCGCGCUCUGUUGAAGCAGGGGAACGAGCGGGCGAUGCGGUGCUCGGGUGCCAUGGUCUACUGCUGCUCCUGCGUGAAGAACACACGGAAAGGGAGAGAGUUUAG